AUGGAUAACUUGUCAGGAAAACUUUUUGGAUUGUUUCUGUUCUUGCAAUGUGUUACGGAGUUCCAUGGUGUCUUCAUAAGAUUUACGAAUGUGACCUGCGAGAGCAAGGACCUCAGCAUGAGUGUCGUGGAGUACUGCGAAUUAAAGACUCUGGGCAGGACUAAAAACAGUAUCAGUCUGCGCUACACAAUGCUUAAGCCUGUCUCCAAAAAUAUAGGGUUUCACUUUCAGCUAAUGACGAAGGGCAGUGAAAGUGUUGAUGGGGUUUCAAAUUGGCAACCAUUCCUCUAUGCAAUGGACCUUGAUUUGUGUCGAUUCUGGAAGAAGCGCAAUAACUACGUAGCCAAGAAGAUUUUUGAACUUAUACAAGGGCACUCGAAUCUGAACCAUUGUUGCCCCUAUUCGCAAGAGAAAUUCAUUGCUAUUGAUGGCCUUACCAAUACUGACGUAUCUAGCAAAAUCAAUGGAGUGCCAAUGACGAGGGGCUUCUACUCCUUGUUCACGAAGUGGUCAACAGACAAUGUAACGCGAUUUCAGACCAACUUUUACUUCGAGGUUUUGAAUGUCUGACCAAAAAAAUACGAUCUAAAUAUUUAUACCCUGUUUAUGUGUCCAAUUAAAUAAAAUCUUUACAUUACAUUAUAUUUGUAUUUUGAUUAAAUACAAAUAUUAAACACUGUAGAUACAAAUUUAAAAUUAGCUUAACAUUUUUAGGGUGUUCUAUUACUUAUCCAUAUGUAGAUAUUUGAAAAAAACAAAAUGUUAACAUUUUAGAUAAUAUUUAUAUAAGUAAUGGCACUCAUAAUUUACAUUUAUUUGACAUGUCCGGCAACAUCACUAGCAAAUAAAUUUAAAAAAU